AUGCUUACCGCGACCCUCGGCCUCUUCAGGCCCCUCGUCGCAUCGGUUGCCGGGUCAUCGCGCGCCUUCUCCACCUCGCCCGUCGUCGAGGUCCUCAAGACCCACUCGGGCGCCAAGAAGCGCUGGCGUGUGACCGGCAGUGGUCUGUUCAAGCGCGGCCAGUGCGGCAAGCAGCACCUCAACACCUCGUUCUCGGCCUCGCGCAUCAACCGCCUCGGCAAGGCUGCGUACGCCAACAAGGCCCAGUCCAAGGUCCUCCGCCGCUUGUUGCCCAACGCCUAG